AAAUGAUGAAUUCAGCAAUAAACGCUUCACUAAUAAUAAUUUUUAAAUAGUAAUGAGAUAAAACCUGCAAAGUUGAGGUGGAUUUUCUUAAACUGACCGCUGAGAUGAAGCUGCAGUAGGUGCACUAAACAACGGUUUGUUUUCAGUCACUGAGUGAAGAGGGUGAGUAGGUGUGAGAAAUGCUCAUGAUUCAUGUUGAACCAAACAGAUCCAGAACAGCUUUUCGAUUACUAUAGAAACAAGCUCGAGAACUUCUGUAGUCAUGCAGGGACGCGGGGAGCAGGUACGUAACUAAAAAGUUCAAAUAAAAGAUUUAAAAGUGAACAGCUGAGUGUUUUAUGCAUCGGCCUCGCAGGGGCAGUGUUGGAUUUUGUACCAGCACAAACUUAUAUUUCACUGUCUUAUUAUUGUUGCUCCUUUCGCAGUAUUUCAUGCACUUAAAUGUGAAAUGUGUACAUGUGCUCUCUGACAGAGUAGCAACAAUACAGAUUAUCCAGUUUCAAAGCUCUGGCUGAAGCAGCCCUGAGUGUGUGCUGUGCACACCACAGAGCUUAGGCUAUUCAAUUCUCGCUAAAACAUAAUAACGUUUCCACUCCACCUAAUUUUAGCAAAGCGGGCUGUGAUUGGUUUGUUUUCUCUCAUGUAUGCUAAGAGCACUACGGGACAUCAUUUACUGUCUUCACAGGCUGCCAUGGAUCAUGUGCUGGACAUAGCUGACUGUUACUUCUUCACUCCUUACAUUUACCCGGUCUCAUGGCCUGAGAGCUGGGCUGUGCGCCAGAUUAUCAGCCUGUGGGUGGUAACCAACGUGGGAGCUCUGCUGGUUUACCUGGUUUUUGGUGCUCUUAAUUUCUACUAUGUGUUUGACCAUGUGCUCAUGAAGCAUCCGCAGUUUAUUGAGCAUCAAGUAAGAAAGGAGAUCCAGCUGGGAACAGUCUCCAUCUUCUGGAUGAGUUUUCCCACCGUGGUGCUUUUCUUCUGGGAAGUCAGAGGACACAGCAAACUUCAUGACAGCAUCAGUGAAAACUCCCUGGGCUGGUCACGACUGUUCGUAAGCAUCACUGGUUUCUUGUUCUUUACUGACAUGUGUAUAUACUGGAUUCACCGCGCCAUGCACCAUCAGAACAUUUACAAGCACUUACAUAAGCAGCACCAUACCUUCAAGAUACCAACACCGUUUGCCAGCCAUGCCUUCCACCCACUCGAUGGCUUCCUGCAGAGCUUACCGUACCACAUCUACCCUUUCAUCUUCCCUCUCCACAAGGUGGUUUACCUCUCCCUCUUUGUCUUCGUCAACAUCUGGACCAUUUCCAUCCACGAUGGAGACUACCGCCUUCCAGGCCCGCUGAUAUUUCUGAUUAACGGCGCUGCUCACCAUGUUGAUCAUCACCUGUACUUCAACUACAAUUACGGACAAUACUUCACACUCUGGGAUCGCCUGGGAGGCUCGUACCGACACCCAUCGGCGCUGCUGGGGAAGGGACCCCGUGACCAGAUUCGCAAGCUGACGACAGAAGCAGCACAGACACAGUGAUGAUGGACGCUCAGAGCAGAGAGCCAUUUCUGGACAUUAACGGGCUAUUAUGCUGCCAAUGGUCUAAAGCAGAAGAAAGAGACAGCCGGUACGAAAUAUGCAGAUGCUCUAGCUAGAUACUACCCAGGCAGAAGAUGAAAAUGAUAAAGCAUAGCAAAAUAACACACUGUAUGUUAGUAACAGUGUCAUUAGGGUUAAGUAGUACUACUGGUGUGAAUGUAACGAGCACAGAUUUGGUGUUACACACAACUGUAGCAGAAAACUGAAAGUUGAAUCGAUGUGUUUUAAGCAUGUUUAAGCAUAAGAGCAAACCUUUUCCCCCAAUAAUUUGGCUGCUUUUAUAGUACAGCGACAUCCAGUGGCCAGACUACCUGCAAGAUAACUCUGGUAUUACUGCAUGGGUAAA